AUGAGCAUCAGUGUUAAUGCUGAACGUUGUAGAGCUUAUCGUCAACGCAUUAGUAAUGUAUCUGACCGUCUUCAAAACACAGAUACAACUCUUUCUCAACAAGGUAAUGAUAUUAGCGUUCAUCAAAAAGAGAAUAUAAUGCUGAUGAAUGAAGAUGAAAUGGUCCAGAAUGAUAUUAAUAAUUAUUUUUAUCAAAUGCAUGAUUUGAAUGAUGAUGAAAUUGAACUAAAUUCCUUUAUAUACAAUAAUAACAGUGAUGAUUAUAAUGACAAUGAAACAAACUCCGAUUCUGAAUUAGAUUAUUCAACAGAUACUAAUGAUUAUGAUAAUACUCUUCUUUAUCCCAAUGGUUCUAUUUCUCUUUGUCAAGCAUAUGCAGCAAUUAAAAGUUUUAUUGUUAAUCCCAAUGAAGGUAAAUGUUCUUCUAAAUGUGUAUUCAAUGGCCAUCAACGAACAGCCGAUUCAUUAACCGAAUUAUGUCAAGCUAAUAUUUUUCAACGAAUAAAAUGUGUUGUUGAACGUAAUUUACAUUUGAUAAUAGAAUAUCAACAACGUGCUCAUCGUCUUGUACCAAAUGAUAUAGUAAAUGAUGCAGUCUAUAAACAAAUUCAUACAAAUAGUAAAUUUAAUCGUUUAACAUUGAGCAUUCAUGCUGAAGGAAUGCAGGUAAUCACAACCAAGCCAAAAAAAUUUUACGUAGUUACAGGAACAAUAUUACAGAUGCCACCUCCUCAUCGUGAGUUUGAUCGAAAUAAACUUAUGCUUGUAGUUUAUCUUUCUGAAAAUGAACCUACACCAUUACUUCUUUAUGAUCAGUUAUCACAACAACUGCAACAAUUAAUCAACGAAAAAUAUGUUAUUAUUGAUGGUGAAAAAUUUAAUAUUACGUUUCAAUUAUUUAAAACUGAUCUUCCAUGCCGUAUUGGAUCAAAUCUUGGAAUAAAUGAAAUUUUUUGUCAAUUAGGUGGAGCAAAAAAUGUUGAUUUUAAACAAGAUCAUUCCAUACGUUUUGAUAUUUCAAGUGUACUUGAUCAACUACAUGUUAAAAAUGACCAAACACUUGUUAUUGGACUGGCUGUGGUGAUUGAACGCAUCUUUAUAUUAAUGGUGAACUUGUAUUUAAUAUGA